GACUCGUUGUUCUGUCCAGGCUCGUGAAAGUCUUUCCAACGGGCCCAACACUCGGCAACAAGCUUCUAAAAGUUCUCGAACCUCUUCAAGACGAGAGCAGUUCGCGUCCAGACAUUCGAGCAUCAGCGAACGCUUACGGGAUGAUGCUGUUGAAGGCACGAGACGAUGGGAAGUGGGUUGAGGAAAACGAGGCCGACGUCAAGGCCCGGGCAGAGAAGGAAAAGGAAGCCGCAAAGGAGAGAAAAAAGAAGAUCGAGCAGUCUUUCCAGGAAUUGGAACGAGACAAUCAGAAAAUCACCGAACAAAUCGGAACCGAUGAUCGUCGCGAUCGAGAUCGAGAUCGACCGCGGGGCAGUACCAGGGACCAAUAUAGUUCGAGACAAACAAGUGGUGGAGGAGGAAGAGACGACUAUUCGAGAACAGAAAACGGCAGAGAUCGUCGCAGUGAUGAUCGGCGAGGGGAUGAUCGUCGUUCCGGAGGUAGAGACGAAGACUGGAAAAAGAGAGAGAGAGAAGACGACAGCAACAAGAGAGACGAUCGGGGUAGAGGAGGAGGAAGAAGAAGCAGUGGAGGAGAUGAAGACAUAAGACGCGGUGGCACUAGGGAGGCCGGGGAGGGUCCUCGGGGACGAGAUAACAACGAAGCGAGGUGGAGACGCGAUCGCGACGCACCUCCCCAAAGGAACAAUAGCAAGCGGGGCCGGUCUUCUACUUCCCCUGAAAACGACCGCGACACAGAUCGGUCGGGUCCCAACCCGAAGAGAGCUCGCACGGACGACUACAACAGCAACAAUUAUCCGUCACGACGGUCUGGUCCUACACGCAGCAGAAGCCCGCCGCCGUCGAGAUCUACACGAACCUCACGAAGAGGAAACGAAAGAAGAUAAAAAGAAUGACACGAACUACACAAUUUGAAAAAUAUAGAAACCAAUAUGUU